AUGGAGGAUCAUUCUCUACAAACUGUCAACAGUACAGGAUCUGGUAAGAGACAACAAGUGUCCUUCAUCAUUAGUAUCGAUCAGAUAUUUCCAGAAAAGAAGAUUGGAGAAGGUGGAUCAGGAGUUGUCUAUUUGGGAAAGUGGCAUCACCAUCCUGUUGCUAUCAAAUGUUUGAAAAUUGAAGACACUGCCAAUUCUGAUGAAAUUGAAAAGGAAGCUGCAAUGUUAUGUCGAUUGAGACAUCCUAAUAUUGUGCUAUUUUAUGGUGUUUCACUAACACAACACAAGCAAUACCUCGUAGUUGAAUAUUUGGAAAGAGGAAGCUUGGAAAAGUAUAUUCAAGAUAUGAAACGUCAAGAAAUAUCAGUAACCUUCUCUGAAAAGUUGAAACUCUUAAUUGACAUUGCAUGUGGAAUGGUUUAUUUACACAGUUUGAAAAUAAUUCAUAGAGAUUUGAAACCUGCCAAUAUUUUGAUGGAUGCCAACUGGACUGCCAAAGUUUGUGAUUUUGGAAUUUCAAAAAUUAUGGAAAGCACUGCUCAUACGACAACUCUCUAUGCAGGAACACUCUUCUACUUGGCUCCUGAAUUAUUACAA